UUUUUUUUUUUUUCUGCAGUGACAUACUUGGUGUGUACACAGAUGAGAGUGAUCCAGGGCCUCACUGAGAAUCCUUCCAGGACAGUUUACCUUACAACUUCAAAUGAAAGUCAAAUAUUCAUUACAGGGUGGCACAAGGGCCAGCCAUACACCAAGGAUGCCAAAGUGAAAAGCUUCAUUCAGUGGAUGAAAUCGCAAAGUGAAGCUGAUCAAAUAAAGAAAACUGUCAUCGGUGGCUAUUACCCUUUUCCACGACCUCCUGAUAGCUUUUUGAAAUAUUGUAAAAACAACGAAGUUGAGUCAGUUUUGAAACCCAUAGGUGAAAUAGGGAAAGAGAUUGAAGACCUGCACUACAGAGAACACAAGCGAAUUGCUGUUCAGGGAAUAAUCAGUGCCAUAAGAUACAAAAGCUGUAACGAUGCAGCUGAAGAAGCCCCAGGAGGGGAACUUGUCCAGAAGGAUACUUCUCUGUCUCUUGGAAGUUCUUCUGUGUCCAAAGAAGACUGUGUUGACAAGGGGAAAAAUGAAGAAGUUAAGUCUUUUCUGGGGCCACCCUGUACUCCUGAAGAGCAUCAGCACCAAGCUCUGCUGUCAAAGGGGGGUUCAGUCAAGAGAAAGACAACACGCAGAUUCAGAAGAGAUGCAGAACAGUAAGCUCUCUUCAUAAAUAUGUGGCGGUUCUUCUAAAAAGUGUUUUCAGAAAUUAGGCUGGAGCCCGGGCUGUAGAAAAUACUUAAGAAGGCUUUAAAAGCAUAUAUAGUUGAAUCUUUAAAAUGUAGCUAUGUACUUUUCCUAGGCUCAGGUGAAGACAAUUAUACUGUUCAUGUUAAUGAAGGAUUAACUAAAGUAGGCUUGCAUGGCUCUCUUCUGAUUAAUAUUUAUACCACUUUGUUGUUAAGCUCACAGAUUUGAAAUAAAAGUAGUUAAUACUUGAACCAAAUGUAGUUUAGUGACAUAGCUGUGGAGCAAACAACAGUUACAGUGGUGUGAGGAAAUCAGAUUUCUUGACUGAAAAUGCAGAAUCAGGUAUACCUGUUCCUUAAUUUCAAACACCUUAUUUUUGAUUUCUGGGAAAUGUGAUGUACUGCAUGUAACUGUAACUUGCUGUCAGAAAGGAAAGUAGAUGUGUGUGAUGGUCAUGUGCUAACCU